AUGAAUAUUGACAAUACAGCGAAUACAACAAGUGAUCAACAACUUACACGAAAGAAAAAAUGCCAUGGAAACCGAAGCGAUCAACGUUUUCGAAAGCGUUGUCGUAAUAAAAAAAUGAGUGAAGAAGAAAUAGAACAAUUAAUUAACCAACGAAUAAAUGCUCGUCAAACAAACCUAACAGACCAAGUGACGAACACCACUGGUGGUAACAAACAACAGAUGAAUACAACAGUGUCAAAUAUAUCCAUGAGACAUGAAGUACCAUUAGUUGAAAAUAGAACAACAAUAGCAACCACAAAUAUAAAAUCCAAUAAACGUAAAAAAGAUGUUAUACCGAAAGAGAAGACAUAUAAUGUUCGAAAAUCAACAAGUACAUUAUCAAUUCUUCAACCACAAUCAGGGUAUUUAAGGGCAUCCUGGCAAACGUUAAUGAAUGCUUUAAGAAAACAUUUAAAUCAUCCUCUUAAAAAAAGAAAUGAACAAAAAUUUGUCUGUUCGCGAUUACAUCUAUUCGAUGAAGAAUUUGCUUUAGAUCUUAAUCGAUAUUUAUGGCAAUCAUAUUUAGAUAUUGGAUUACAACAACAACAGCUACAAGUCUGGCCAAAUAACAUUUAUAGAGCAGCUAAAACCAAUGAAUCUAAUUUAUGUCAACAAUACAUCGUAAAAUCUUUGAAUGAAACAAAAGCUCAUCUUGAUCUAUGCUAUGCUAAAUUAAAUGCACAAGCUCAAUCAUGGAUAUCAACACUUCCGUCGUUAGAUAUACUCGAUCAUAAUCUGAAGCGAUUUGUUCGUCAACAAAAAAAACAUUUAUCAAACAGAAUAAAUAAGCAAAUAAAACAAUAUAGAGAUGUUCUAGAAGAAAAAAGAUCAUUACAACAAAUAUCACUCUAUCUAACAUCGAACGAUCAAAUACUUGUGGAUGAAUUAAUCAAUUUGCAACAACUACAGAUGCAACUUAUGAAAGAAUUUGUCAUGUUAGAACAACGAAUUAUUUGUAAAUUAUUACCUCAAAACUUCGAUUCUAUAGAUAAUUUAAUUAAAUCUCGUCUUUAUACACCUUUAAUUCAUGAUAUGACAUCCAUUGAAUUCAAAAUUCAACAGUUCAAGAUCAUACAACAAAUAAAACGUACAUGGUUAAAUAUUUACUUUGAUGCUUAUGAAAAGAAGAUUCAAGAAUACGAAGAACAAUACAUUGAAAAGUUACAUAAUCUUCAACUACGAUUUGAAUGUCGAAAUAAUGACAACCAUCUAUAUCAUCUCAAUUCAAUCAAAACGUAUCUACAUAAUCGAAAAAAACGAACUAUACAACAAAUUUAUAUUGAUAUGUCAGAUUAUCGAAAAAAAAUACUAAAUUAUCCUAAACGUUCAUCAACAGCAAAGAAAAGUAUAGAUGUAUCUCCGAAACCAGUUUUCUAUCUAUUAUUCAAUCCUUUCAAUGAUCAGGAACGUGAUUAUCUUUCGAAAGGUAGCUCAUCUCAAUAA